AUGGCCUUGCUCCGCGUAUCUUCACAACUCGUGAUCUUCGUGGCUUGGUGGCUUGCCACUCAUCGCGGGGCUGCAUGUCGUUUCAAGCCAUCGGCGAGGAUGCCAACACUCCCUGCUACAAACGACAGCCUGGCGGAGCCACUACCCGAUGCAGCAUUUGUAUUGGAUGAUGGUGAUGGUGUUGACCUCAAGCAGGAGUCAGCACGACUGGAUGUCAUUGAUCACCUUGUUCUGCGAUGGGUCAGGUGGAUGGAUAGCAUGUCUCAGACAAAGCUCGGCCAAAUGGCAGUUCUGUUGGCAGCCUUCAUUCUGCCAGUGGUGUUCGCGAUGCUGCCAGUACUGCUCAUGUACAUGUUUCUGGAGAAAGGAAUGUUGAUGGAUGAAGCUCGUGGGCCUCGUCGACGUGCAUCAGGACAUCGAAACAGGCAUGUCACCUACAGCGUCACUGAAGAGGGCGUUCAUCCGAUUCUUGUGUUCGCCACGUACGUCGCCGACUUCGCCACGCCAAGCACAGGAGCGUUCAGGAGAAGAUUCUGGAGGAUCCUGUUCCGUACAGAUCCCUGGAAGCUGCAUUGUCUUUAA